AAAAUGAUCACGAUGAAGUAAUAAAACAAAUCACAAGGUUUUCGAGUAGAUAAAGGAACUGAUAUUUUGUUUACGUUUGUGAGUUGAAUUUGGAAAAUGCCGAAGUUAAAAACUGUAAUCGUUGCAAGUUUCUUUUUAAUUUUUUUUAUUAUUAAUGGAGAAUCAAAUGCCAAGGCUCUUGACAAUGUGAGUGGUUUGCCAAGUGAUCAAGUUCGUGGUAUUCAAGCUUUCAUGACCGAAGAAGAUAGAAAAAAUCAGCCUGUUCACAAAAGAAAUCACAAAAGAAAAGAACAUAUCGGUGGAAAAGGACUUGGACAAAGACAAAAACACAAGAAAAAACAUAAUGGACAUCAUAGGACGUAAAGUUUCUUCCAUAGAAUAAUCAUAAUUCAAACCGCCGUUUGUGAAAAUGUUUGUGUGGAAUUAAUUUCUAUGCAUUUUUCGUUUGAACAUUUUUAAAAUUCAAUAAGAAAGUUGCACAAGAAUCUCUUACAAGAAAUUUAAUACAAAAAUCUUGUAUGACAAACUUUUAGGAAAUCUUUUCUGUUAAGGUUUACGACCUAGCAUUAGUUUUGUUUAGAAGUUAAAUAAUAUUUAAAGCUCUUUUUUCUGAGUCUGAGAAGGAACUGAUUUAUUUUGAAUAAUUAUUCUGGGUUUAUAGAAGAAGGAAACCUCACUGGCAGUGUAACGAACAGGCAAAAGCGUUCACGCUCAGAAGUUGAUAGUCAAUAAUAAAAUGUUUAUCCAAAAUUACUUUGAAUAUAGUAUCUAUUCAAUAAUUGAAAAAAAGCUCGAAUGCAUUUUUUUUUUCAAUAAGAUGAAAUAAAUCAAGAAAUUUGUACAAGAUUCUCUUACAAGAAGAUGAACACAAAAAUAAUAUACAAUAAACUUUUUAGAUAUUAUUGGCAGGCUCUUUAUUCAAGAUGUUGUAAGGCAUAAAAAUAUUUCUUUUUAAAAAAUGUGACCAAAUAGACCAGAAUGUUUAACUCAAUUUGAUACAAUUUUUGGAAAAGAAAAUGUUUAAUUUUUUUUAUUUAUUAAUACCUUAAGUUCUUUUGCAUCAAAUUUCUUGAUUUAUGGUUUCUGAAAAUGAAAUCCCAAUAAAGAAUCAUUAAAGAAGCUUUUGAACUGAAGACAUACAUAUAUUCGAUGUUAUAUAUAAGUGCAACUACCUUUCAGCAGCUUUCGAAAAGUUUAUCAAAAAUUUCUGAUAAAUUUUCAUGAAUUUAAGAAUAUUUACCCAGUGCCAAUAUUAUUCAUCAAUAACAAUAAGGUGAAACACCGGUGAAUACACUUCAGAAAAUUUAUUAUCAGUUUAAAACUUCUAUAUGAAAUGUCAAAACAAUUGUUCAUUAGUAAGUUUACAAAGAAAAAGCUGACCCGAGCGGCACAAAAGGCGAUGUCUCUCACAAAUCUGGCAUACGAGUAUCGUCUCCAUUUAAUG